AGCCGACGGAGCCGACGGAGCGGCGGCGAGACGCGAGAGAGGUCGCGGCGCGGCGCGGAGGAGCUGAAGUCUAGUGGAGGCGGGUGGGGUUGAAUCGUCUGUGGAGCUGAUGUGUCUGGGUGGCAGCCACGAGACAUGACGUGAAUGGGUGUCUAAACGGCUUUCUUUGACCGCCAGUGUAGCCGAAAAGCCGACUCAGUGAACGGGUGAAGAGACCGACCAAACCAAGAGGCUCUCGGCAGAAGCCGUGGAGAAGAGUGGAGUUUGCGAACAUGCCGCCGUGUUCUCCUCCGAGGUAGCAACUCCCUGAAUUCACCAGACUGUAUUUCCCGUGGAUAAGCAAGAGGAGGUCAUUGCUGGAGAACGGCACGUGAAAGGAUCAUCUACAGGAGGAUAAAGACAACAGUAACAGCGGUCAGCAACUGACGGGCCGGCCAGGGCCGGCCGGACAGCAGCCAUGCGCGGUGUCCAGGGAGCAGCCCUCCGCCGCCAGCGCAGCCGGGAAGCGGCACAGAGGCGCGGCACCUCUGGAUCGCUGGUGGACCCCGGAGAAACCCGUACCAUCACUGAGCGCAUCACCGCGCCGGGAAGUAUUCUAUUCGGCAUCACCUUGUUCCACAUCGGCCUGGUGUUUCUUAUCAUCGGCUUCCUGAUUAUCAUCACCGCUAUGAUUCCCGGGAGUUAUGUGGAAUCCGGAGGAUCGUCGGAUAUGAUUGGCACGGGAUCGUUUUUCGUCUGUUUCGGUGGCGCGCUGACGCUACUGAAUAGAAUCCUCACCAAGAGAGAGGAGGAUUCUCUCGGGGAGUACGUCAGCUCACGGCUGGCUCGUUCGAAGAGCGGCGGGCGGCUCGUGCGGGACGCCGAGUCCGGUCUGACGCCGCAGAUUCCGCGACGCGCCGCCAACGCAGACGGCCGCAAAACGUCGCUGGCAGUGCCUCUGAUCGCCAGCCGCCGGAGUUCGCAGCUCACCCCGACUCACAGCUUCCACAGCUCUAACUCCGGAGCCACGCCCAACGAUGUGCACGUGGUGGUGAGCGAGGGUGAGAAGACGGCCCGCAAUGGCAAGGGCACGGGAAAAUUGGGCAACAAUGGCAGCACUGUCAGCACCGUGUCCGCGUCUCAAGUAUAGGUGGCGCUGCGGUCGGCGGCAAGUGGCGCUGGUGUUUCAUGUUAGACUGUUGUAGAGGACGCUGGCGACUGCUGCAGCUGCCAGCUGAGAGAAACCGAGGUGCUGGUUUACCUCGUGUGUAACAUUUUGCAAUGACUAUGUCACUUGACCAUUGCAGUGGAGUAGAAUCAAGUUUCUUUACCAGCUUCAUCUAGAAGAGAAAUAGCUGUUAAGUGUUUAGCAUAGCCCAGAGCUUAGCCGCAGAUAAGCAAACGAACAAUUAUGUUAUGAUUAGAUGAAGUGAUGUUUCAAUGCAGGUAUAAAUUAGCAUUAGUUGCUCUUAUUUUGUAUACAAAAUAAAGCAGGUUUAUACAUAACGAUAGCCUAAGUUCAAUAUGCCAAUUGUCUUUCGUCUGUGCAAACCGAAUCCGUCGCAUAAAAUGAUCUCAUUUUUU